GCUGUGUGAAAAUAGCAAGCCAAAAGUUCUUAGGAAACUGCAGUCAAGGAGACUCAGACUGGGAUGGAGGUAGGAAGAGCUGAUACAGAGGGAGUUUAAUUCUAAGCCUUUUGUGGCUGAGUUUUUGUUAACUUAUUGAAUUUAGAGUUGUAUUGCACUGGUCAUGGGAAGGACCAGCAUCAAAAACAGUGGCAGACAGUUUUGAAUUCUAUAGGAUAUAUGUACUCAGAGUACUUUUAUUAAAGAAGAUAAAGAGCCCAGCAGAGAUCUCGUCUUCAACUUCACCCAAUUACAAAAUCAUAAGUUAAGAAACAGCCUCUAAAGACACUUUUAGGUGGGAAAAGAACCCUCCAGAGAUGGCUGUAAAUGACUGUUUCCUUCUGAACUUGGAAGUGGACCGUUUUGUGCACUGCAACGCCUCCGAUCACAGUGUGGAUCUCCCCACGAACGAUGACUGGUUCCACCCGGGAAUCUUCUAUAUCAUCCCUGCAAUUUAUGGGGCUAUCAUUUUGAUAGGCCUCAUUGGCAACAUCACUUUGAUCAAGAUCUUCUGUACAGUCAAAUCCAUGCGAAAUGUUCCGAACCUGUUCAUUUCCAGUCUGGCUUUGGGAGACCUGCUCCUUCUGGUAACAUGUGCUCCUGUGGAUGCCAGCAGGUAUCUGGCCAACAGAUGGCUGUUUGGCAGGAUUGGCUGCAAACUGAUUCCCUUUAUACAGCUUACCUCGGUGGGGGUGUCUGUCUUCACACUCACAGCGCUCUCGGCGGACAGGUACAAAGCCAUUGUCCGGCCAAUGGAUAUCCAGGCCUCUCAUGCCCUGAUGAAGAUCUGCCUCAAAGCCGCCUUGAUCUGGGUCAUCUCCAUGCUACUGGCUAUCCCAGAGGCCGUGUUUUCUGACCUCCAUCCCUUUCACGAGGAAAGCACCAACAAGACCUUCAUUAGCUGUGCUCCAUACCCACACUCUAAUGAGCUGCACCCCAAAAUCCACUCCAUGGCUUCCUUUCUGGUCUUCUACAUCAUCCCACUGUCAAUCAUUUCCAUCUACUACUACUUCAUUGCCAGAAAUCUGAUCCAGAGUGCUUACAAUCUUCCUGUGGAAGGGAAUAUACAUGUCAAGAAGCAGAUUGAAUCCCGGAAGCGCCUUGCCAAGACAGUGCUGGUGUUUGUGGGCCUCUUUGCCUUCUGUUGGCUCCCCAACCACGUCAUCUACCUGUACCGCUCCUACCACUACUCCGAGGUAGACACCUCCAUGCUCCACUUUGUCACCACCAUCUGUGCCCGCCUCCUGGCCUUCACCAACUCCUGCGUGAACCCCUUUGCCCUCUACCUGCUGAGCAAGAGUUUCAGGAAGCAGUUCAACACCCAGCUCCUCUGUUGCCGACCUGGCCUGAUAACCCGGUCACAUAGCACUGGCAGAAGCACCACCUGCAUGACCUCCCUUAAGAGUACCAACCCCUCAGUGGCCACUUUUAGCCUCAUUAAUGGGAACAUCUGUCAUGAGGGGUAUGUCUAGACUGACCCUUGACUUUGCCCCUGCAGGAACUCUUGGUUUUGCUU